AGAUGCAGGGCUGACGGUCCAGGAUGGUGAUGAAAAGCAACUUUUACGCAGGCUCCCGACUUUUUACGCCCAUAUCGGACGUAGUCGGCCUGCCGAUCGACAAGAUGAACUUCUUGGUGUGUCAAAUCGCAGCGCUGGGGCUGGCCAUCCCAUUUCGCACAUACCUGUCGCCCUCCAAAACCAGCCCUAAGAUCCGCCAUUGUGUUGAGCUUGUCACUGGCCUCCUUCUGGCCGGUUUUUGUUUCGGAUAUCAAGUGUUACACCUCAUCGUGCCCUCCAGUGCCAGCUAUGCCAUCAUGAAGUUUGUGAACUGUCGAAUCUCGCACAAAGUGGUGUUUGUGGUUGUCCUGGGUUAUCUCUCUGUGGCUCACAUCUACCGGCAGAUUUAUGACUACGGGGGCUACACACUUGACAUCACAGGGCCUCUGAUGAUCAUGACCCAGAAGUUGACCAGUAUGGCGUUCAGCCUCAGUGACGGCAUGCUGGACGACAACACCAAACUCACGGAGGAUCAGCGCAAUCAGGCCAUCAGGAAGUUACCCGGCCUCUUGGAGUUUUUCAGCUUUUUGUUCUGUUUCCAUGGUAUCAUGUGCGGUCCUCUGUGUUUUUACCGGGAUUACAUCGCUUUUAUCGAGGGAACGAAUUAUACACCUCCGAAGCCAAAAAAUGGAAAUGAUGUUAAAAUUCAGGCAGAGCCUCCAUCACCCAAGGGUCCUGUGAUUGAGAAGUUGACCAUUGCCGCAGUCUGUGGCCUCCUCAUGAUGUUUGUUGUACCUUAUUUUCCCCCCGAAAGACUUACAACCAGAGAAUAUCUUGAAGAGACAACGUUUUUACAGAGAUCUAUUUUCUUGCUCAUCUGUGGUACCUUGGCCAGAUGUCAGUACUACUUUGCCUGGGUGUCAUCGGAUGCACUCAAUAACGCCGCUGGCCUGGGCUUCUCGGGGUAUGAUGAGGAAGGAAAAGAAAAGUGGGACCUGAUUAACAACGUGGAUAUUUACAGAUUAGAGAUGGCCACAAGCUUGAAGGUCAACAUAGACUGCUGGAAUAAGAUGACGCUGAUCUGGUUACGUCGGGUCGUUUAUGACCGCUCACCCAGAGCCUACAGCACAUUGACCGUGUUUGCCGUCAGCGCCAUCUGGCAUGGCUUCUACCCAGGCUACUACUUGACCUUUGGCUCAGCUGCUCUCUGUACUGUAGCAGCAAGAUUGGUGAGAAGGAAUGUCCGGGGAUAUUUCCAGUCCUCCCCGAGCCUCGCCUUCUUCUAUGACUGCGUGACCUUCAUGUUUACUCGCAUUGUCAAUGUCUAUUUAGCAGUACCCUUUCUUAUACUGGAAUUGGUCCCUUGUCUGCAGUUGUUUUGGGCUUUUUAUGCCUGGGUACAUUUUGGCAGCUUGGGAAUUAUUAUUUUCUUUAUGCUUAUCUGGCCGAAAUUCACUAAAAGGAAGUCACCAAAACUGGAGGAGAAAACACAGUGAGAGUGUAUUGCGUUUGGAAGUUGUGUCGCCAAUAUUUGACAGUUUCAACAUGGAGAGAAAGUGAACAAAAACUGUAUACACUGGAAAGCAAAUCCAGUUAACAUCACUUGACAUUUUGUGAAACAAAGUGCAGAAAUACUCAAAGAGAUAUAUUUUAGAACUUUCUCAGGUGUGGAAUUUUCUAAGUUCCGUCUAAUUUGUGUGCCCUGUCAUGGUAUGGAAUCUCUGGUAACCAUGGUAACAAGUUUAUAUUUGGUCUCAGGCAGCCAUCUUUAAAAAUAUCCACCAUUUGGGAUUUUUUUUUUUUUUUUCUCCAUAACUUGGCUGUGAUUGGCUGCUCUGAGGUGACCAACACCAGGGUGAUUUAUGUGAGUUAUACUCUUUGUGAUGCUCAUUGGCCACCUACUUGUACAGUACUUGUGACAAGUGUUUUAAUUGGCUAUGCUGUAAUAAUCUUGUGUGUAUAUGUGUGUGGGUUUUUUUUUCUGCAUAUACUUAUUUAUACACUGACAUGAUAGUUUUAUUUUGAUGAUGGAGCUGGAAAUCAAAAUUGUUUUAAGACCAAUUGGUAAUUUUAAAACAUUGUAUAAUAGCCUUUGCUGGAUCUACUGGUUUAGAGAAAACCAGUCAACAUGCAGCUCAAAACACCUGUAGUUGAUUCGUUAGUGUUUGGCAGAUCUGGUCAUGGACAACCACAACGACACAUGGCAGCAUCAGAGUUAGCUCAUGCCUUUCUUUAGGCCUCACAAAACCCAUUCUUAUAUCCUGGAUAGUGUGUAGGACCAUCCUUGUUGUUCACGACGUGACUUGCUCAUUUCACCUUAUUCUGAGAGUUCUUUUGAGUUCACAAAGGUGUUUAGUAGCCCGAAAAUCUGGUCUAGUAAAGGAUGGUUUUUAUGACACGCGGAGACGGCUAGCCGCCCUAUGAAUGGUCAUUACUCAGCGUUACAGCUGGAUUCUUGGCUAGGUGUUUGGAGGUUUGUUUGAUGAUAUCAUAUUGAAAGGGGCCUGCGGGGUUCAGUUGGUUAGCGCGCUAGCACAGCGUAAUGACCCAGGAGUCUCUCACCAAUGCGGUCGCUCUGAGUUCAAGUCCAGCUCUUGCUGGCUUCCUCUCCAGCCGUAAGUGGGAAGGUCUGUCAGCAACCUGCGGAUGGUCAUGGGUUUCCCCUGCGCUCUGCCCGGUUUCCUCCCACCAUAAUGCUGGCCGCCGUUGUAUAAGUGAAAUAUUCUUGAGUACAGCGUAAAGCACCAAUCAAAUAAAUAAAUAAAAAAAUCAUACUGAAAAAAUGUAAGUUUCUGCGGAAGAAGUAAUAUUUUAUGGCAUAACCCCAAUGUUAUAAACCAUUCAUUAUCUUCAUCUAUGUAUUAAAUAGUAAUAUCUCCAUCUAAUCAGGUUAAUAGACAAAUAUAGCAUCUAAAUUAAAAAAGUGCGCUUUUUAAAAUUAAAAUGAUAUAUUUACAUAGAGGGAUGUAUGGAAUGGUUUAUUAUGUUAGGCGUUUUGUAGUCGUUAAAGCCAUACGUGAGAGUUACACAUGAAUGCCAGUGGUUAUGACCAUGGUUAUGACUAUUGCCCUUAAUAAAUCCUGGAUAUACAUACAUGUGUUACCAGUUCUCUUUAAAAACCAGAAAAAAAAAAAAAGAAAACACAUUUAAAGGCAAGGCACAAAAAAAUGUGGA